AUGCUGAAAAAGUUUGAUAUGUCUUACUGUCAACCAAUUGGGACACCCAUGGAAGUUCGUACCAAAAUUCAUGCUGAUUUACAUGGAAAACUGUUUAACCAGAAAUUGUAUCGCAGUAUGAUAGGAUCCCUACUUUAUCUAACUGCUAGUCGCUCGGAUAUUAUGUUUGCAACAUGUAUGUGUGCUAGAUUUCAAGCUAACCCUAUGGACAGCCAUGCUCAAGCUGUUAAACGAAUCUUUCGGUAUCUUAAGAGCACUAUUAAGCUUGGUUUAUGGUACCCGAAAGAAACCGGUUUCGAAUUAAGUGAUUUCUCAAAUGCAGAUCAUGCAGGGUUUAAGUUAGACCGCAAAAGCACUUCUGGCAGUGUGCAAUUCCUUGGUGACAAGUUAGUUGGGUGGUCUUCAAAGAAACAAACUUGUGUUUCUAGCUCAACGGUUGAAGCUGAAUAUGUCGCUGCUGCUAGUUGUUGUCAAAAUCUGUGGAUGAAGACUCAACUCUCUGACUAUGGCUUUAAGUAUGAGCAUAUUCCGAUCUAA